AUGCGCCUGCUGGACAAAGACCUGCGUCUGCAGGAUGUUAUAGUGAUGUACAUUAUCCUGCUUGCCGCCCUGGUAGUUCUUCUGGUGGCCCCAUACCAUGCUCCAUCUCCAUCACCAGUCAACUCCAGAAUAUCUUUACCCUACCACGUGCCACUGGACCCGGCCGGGCAGCUGGAGCUCUACUGGAACAUCAGUUACUCCAGGCAAGAGGUGUUUAUGGAGCUUCGCGCUAAAGAGCUGCGCUACGGCCUCCUGUUGGGAAUGUCUGACCGUGGAGAACCUACCAAUGCUGAUCUGGUGUUGUUGUGGAGUGAUGGAUACAAGUCCUACUUUGGGGAUGCAUGGAGUGAUGACGAAGGCAGGGUAACGUUGGACAGUCAACAGGAUUAUGAGCUUUUGGAAGCACAGAACACUCCAGAGGGCUUUUUACUGCUCUUCAAGAGGCCCUUUAGCACCUGUGACACCCAUGACUACGUCAUAGAGGAAGGGACAGUCCACGUGAUUUAUGCUGUAUUUAAUGGGACGAUUCACUCACUCCGGGAGCUCAACGUGUCCCGUCUCCAGCCUGGUGUUCAGAGAAUUCUGCUGCUGCGUCCAGACACACCGUCGCCGUCCCUCCCAACAGAUGUGCGCACACUGGAGGUUCUGGCUCCUGACAUCAUCAUUCCUAACCAGGAGACGACCUACUGGUGCUACAUGUACCAGCUGCCCCCCAACAUGCCCAAAAACCACAUAGUAAUGUACGAAGCAGUGGUGACUCCUGGUAACGAGGCCAUCGUGCAUCAUAUGGAAGUGUUCGAAUGCUCUCCUCACAUGGACGCGGUCCCUCAGUACAGCGGCUCCUGUGACUCCAAGAUGAAGCCACCUAAACUAAACUCCUGCCGUCAUGUCCUGGCAGCCUGGGCUCUGGGUGCUGAGCCCUUCUACUACCCACUUGAUGCCGGCCUGCCUUUGGGGGGUAAAGGUUCCUCCAGGUUCCUACGUCUGGAGGUGCACUACCACAACCCACUUCUUAUCUCAGGACGCCAUGACUCCUCUGGUAUCAGACUGUGGUUUACUCCGUCUCUGAGGCGCUUUGAUGCUGGGAUCAUGGAGCUUGGUUUGGUUUACACACCUGUUAUGGCUAUUCCUCCUCACCAGCGAAACUUUCAGCUCACGGGUUACUGCACGUCCAAGUGCACACAAACGGCUUUGCCUCCUGGAGGGAUUCAUAUAUUUGCAUCACAGUUGCACACACACUUGGCCGGGCGAGGUGUCAGGACUGUACUGGUACGAGGAGGCAGAGAGGUGGAAGUGGUACAGGAGGACAGACACUUCAGCACACACUAUCAGAUCAUCCGUAUCCUGAGGAAGAUGGUGACUGUUCUGCCAGGUGAUGUUCUUCUAACAAAAUGCACCUACAACACAGAGGACAGGAACAAACCUACAGUGGGUGGAUUCGGGAUUAUGGAGGAGAUGUGUGUAAACUAUGUGCAUUAUUACCCACGCACACAGCUGGAACUGUGCAAGAGCCAUGUAGACCCGGGCUACCUGCAGAAAUACUUCAGCCUUAUGAACAGGUUUCAUGGAGGUGCAGGCUGCAGCUGCUCUCAGACCACAGUGGAGGACGAGUUCUCCUCCGUUUCCUGGGACUUGUUCAGUGCUGAAGUGUUAAACUCACUGUACACCACAUCACCGUUCUCCAUGCACUGUAACCAGUCCACAGCAGAGCUCUUUCCUGGAGACUGGGAGCUACAGAAGAUUCCUGAGGUGUUAGAAGAGCUGCAGCCCAGUCCGAACCCUUGUGAGCUCAAGCGAAGAACGAACCAGAAGAGUGGCCCUACGGUGGUUCAGCCAAAACACAUUUAAAUACAAACGUCCUAGUUGAAGUUGUAAUUAAAAACAUUUAUUGCAACAUGUAAAAAAUAGAUUUCAUGUUAUAAUCGAACAGCGUGUUGUUUAGAGGAAUAGUUUAAUUCUUUACAGAAAAUUAUUGCACUGAAUAAAAUGAAGCUCAUGAAAUAAAAAUGAUGUAACUUUAUAAAAGUAACACAAAUGGAAGUUAUUUGCUACUGAAUGUAAAUGUACUUGAAUGUAACAUUAGUUUUACUUUAUGAUUCACAAAUCUCUAGUCAGAAAUUGUGUACCUUUAUUCACUAAUUAUAUUCUAAACUUAUUAAAUGUCUGUAAAUUAUUAAACAUAUUUUGUUCAUGUUAUGUUCAGAGGAUGGAAAUACAGUACAUUGAAUAAUGUUACUUAAUUGAAAAUAAAAUACUUAAAAAAAAUAAAUAAAAAAAACCCCAGCUGAUUAAAUAAAAGUACCAGUCACUCAUCCAGGGUGGCAUGUUAUUGCAGCUGGUAGAAUAAGUGCCACUCAGUGACAUCAGAGGUUCGAUCCUCGCCUCUGGUCACGGAUGAGUUUUGAUCUUGUGAGUUUUCUUCAGGUGCUUCAUUAGACUGGCUGCUCUAAUUCGCCCAUUGAUUUAAUAAGUGAGUAAAUUGAUGUGUGUGGCCCUGGGAAGGAUGUAUUUUGGUAAGUGCUGAACCCAUCAAGACCUUUAGUUAGAAAAGACAUCAGUAAAAAAUAAAGAUGCUAUUAAACAAAUGCUAUUUUCUCUGGUAUUAUCAUUAUUACGUUACACAGAAGGUAAACCUGGUUUGUUUUGCCAUCUAGGCCUUCAUUAUACAAAGCUAACAGCAUCAUAACUCCUGACAAAUUACAGUAUCACUUAAUGGUGGAUGCAACUUUUACACCCAGUCAUGAUUCCUUCACCUGUUACUAAUUCACUGUGAAAUGCUUCAAUAAAAGUAAA